AUGUCAGUCAAUCUGUUCAUGAUAGUCGCUGUAAUUUCUUAUCAAACUGUGUAUACAGUUGUGAGCAUUCCUACAACAACUGAGAUGAACAGCAAUACCAGUGCAUCGAAUAAAUCAUCAAGUCUACUGAAUUGGAGAAAUACAAUCUCACAAUGUGUUCGAUUGUAUAUGGAACCAAAUCAACUUGGUGAUUGGUUUGAUAUAUGUGAUAGUAAUGAGCUGCUCUCAUCAACAUUUAUUUGGAGAAUCAAAUCGAUUUGUACACCUGCAAAUACGAAUCCAUUCAGAAAAACAUAUUGGUUAAUAUAUGAACGAUCUCAUUUCGCAGGACCCUACAUACUACUCGGUUCCAGUAAAUGUAUUGACGAUAUAAAUCAGUAUAAACUUUCGGCAAUUAUGUCAAUACUGAUCUGUGUAGAGAAACUAACGGCAAAAUGGGAUGUGUUUGUUUCUUGUCAAUAUCCAAAACGACCAUGGAGGGAAUUUUUCCCAGUAAACUGGCACUCAGAUUAUAAAGUCAUAUCUAAAUCUGGAACGGAAUCAGCUGAUGAAGCAGAAGCUUCCUCACUGGAAGAAAUAGAAAGUUUGUUGGAACUACAGAAGAACAGUGUCAACAAUAAAUAA